CCGAAGCAAUCCUAUCGAUCGAAAACAUCAUGGUUUCCUUCAAGGCUGUUCUGCUUACGAUGAUUCCCGCGGUCGUGGCGCAGAACCAGACCCAAAUUGGCAGCACGACGGAAUUCCGAGUCUGUUCCGUGGAUCCGACGCCAAUCUACGCCGAGACAUGCAUUGCACUUAACGAAACCGGGGCUACCAACAUUAGCAUUGCUGUUGGCUGUCGUCAGUAUAGCAAUACUGAAUGUACCGGAAGCUACAACACGGGAGGGUAUCGCCCGGGAUGCUAUCAAAAUAGCCGGUUCAUUCAGACCCUUGGGACGAUAAGUGGGGCGAUCUUCUGCUUUCCUUCCUGAGGGGUCAAGGAUGUGAUUGAAUGGACGAUGGUUUAAUGGUGCAUGAUCAAUUUGUGGGGCACGGAAAACACUAGUCCAUAGGGUUUACAACAUGCAAUAAUUUGACCAUGAGAUGGUUCUCACUAG